GGCGUCCAACAUGAUUCAGAUUAGCUAUAUCUGGGUUCCAGCUAUCGAAAAUGACAAAUGUUCCUGUUUGGCGGGAGAGCGGGUGUGUUUUGUUCAAGAAUAUCUUAUUUUCGUGGCGUGUCAAGGCCGUUGGUUAAGGUGUGCUUUCCGAUAGUCUUGCACGGCGGAUUCCGCCAGAUUUGUGCUUUGAAAUGUUCAUUUAGGGCUAAAUCUAACGCCCGUAUGCGGAGUGCGCCUCGCUUGUUUUUAUUAGGGCCGCUCGUGGUUAAAACAUGACUGCUCUUUGGUCCGCGUAUCGGUCGAAGCCCAUGAGCAUCCAAACAUCAGCGGCGCAAUCGAUAAAUUUUUAAGAGUCUUCGCCUUUCCCAGUGAAUUAUGCAGUCUGUUUCAUGCAUGUGUGAGUCAGGCCGUUUCACCGCAAUGAUCGCCAGGACAAAUAUAUUUUUUGCAACAAACAGACUCAGCGCAACAUCAACCUGUCAUCAUUUCAUUUCAGAUGGCAUGUUAGGCGUUUAUUAGGCUAAGAUAAAAAAAAAAUUAUUUAUACUAGGAUUUACAUCAGACACCAGUCCAUCCUAUAUAAUAUGCACACCACCACCUGCAUCUCAAUACAGUUCUCCAUCCACAUGUACUGUACACUGUUAAUACAUUCACGGGUCACCUUCAUCGUUACACUAUACAACCUUUUUGAACCUCAUUUCAAAUAUAUUUUAGUGUUUGAGAUAUUAAUGGCAAGAAUGAAUGAUUGAACCUUUUUAGUCUUUAGAAUUUUUUUCCAGAAUCUUCGGCAUUAGCUGAAACUCACCGAGGAAAACGUGAAUAUUGAAUAUUGAGCGCCAAGCAAUGUCACUGUUUCAAUGCACAUUUUUAAAUGUGUUUUCGGAAAUGUUGGCUAAUUUUCUGGCAAAAUUCUCCGGAGGUUAUGAACAUUUUCUUCAGUGUUAUCGGCUUUUACGUUUUCCUUAGAUUGUGUAAUAUUUAUUUAUUUAUUUAUUUAUUUUCCUAUACGUUUCGCAAAUACAAUGUUUCCAGAAUUGCUAAAUGUAACUUUCCCUUAAUGUUUUCUCUGACAAUGGCAUAAGCGAGUCAUUUUUUUAAACAUAAUAAGGUUUAGUUAACGUAACAUUAUUGUAAUAUAUUUUUUGUUAGCUGGAUACUGUAUUAUUAUUGUUGGCAGUUAGUGUAGUCGCUUUAAACGUCUCUAGAGAAAAAGAGAAAAUGGAGAGCCUUUCUUUACUGAUGAAUUACUCUUUACCCCAGUAUUUAUGUGGUAAGAUAGCCUACUCCUCUGGUGGUCCUGCUCCCCCUCUCUCAGAGUCUCCACGAAGAUCCAGUGUAUCUACAGACAUGAAGUGAAGCACAUCUGUACUUUCUGUACCCGUCACUCCUCCUCCAUCAGCAGGACGCUGCUCCACCCUCUCCAGCGCGUUCAUCUCUCCGUCCGUUCCUGUCCCCCGUCCCACGAGUGGAGAGGAUUUCAGCACCGGGACAGAUCCACCGGCGUCUCGGGCAUCAUGGCGACGGAGUUUCACAACCUUCAGGAGCUGCGUCACAGUGCAUCUCUGGCCACCAAGGUCUUCAUUCAGAGAGACUACAGUGAUGGUACCAUCUGCAAAUUCCAGACCAAGUUCCCUGCAGAGCUGGACAGCAGGAUCGAGAGGAGCCUGUUUGAAGAAACAGUGAAGACGCUCAACUGCUAUUAUGCAGAGGCUGAAAAGAUUGGCGGUCAGUCCUACCUGGAAGGCUGCCUGGCUUGUGCUACGGCCUACAUCAUCUUCCUGUGCAUGGAGACACGCUAUGAAAAGAUCCUAAAAAAGAUCAGCAUGUAUAUUCAGGAGCAGAACGAGAAGAUCUAUGCACCCAGAGGUUUGCUCCUCACAGACCCCAUCGACAGAGGCAUGAGAGUGAUUGAAAUCUCCAUCUUUGAAGACAGUGGCUCCACCAGCACUAGCUCCACUGGAAGUUCUCCGUCCAGCGGCACGGCUCAAUGACUGGAGGAGCAGCACCAGGGGUACGGGUACAGGGGGGCCGGUACGCUCCCCAAAAUCCGCAUGUUGAAACAUGAGAGCACCAGAUUUUAAAGAAAGAGAGAGAGAGGAAGUACAGGUACUGCUCGCUCGCUUCUUCCAAACAACAAGCGCAAAGCCAGGAGCUUUAACUCACAAACACACCUCCCUUUCUUCACCUCAUUUAAUUCAGCGUCCUCUGCAUUUCCAUUAGUGACAGACACAUGACAGAUGAAAACGAAAGGUGAUGAGCCUGACAAUGUAUGUCGAUGAGUUGAUUUGUCCUCAUAUUAAUGUACCUCUGGUCGUAGUGUUUUGAAGACGGAUUCUGAGGCUUUUUAGGAAGAGUACGGUUGAUGUGAUCUAUGACCCAGAUCUUUUGCAAUAAUCUUUGUUUUCAAUCAUCUGGCAACCCGGGUGUCAGAAUGCUAUUGGUAACGUGGCAGUGGGGGGAAUCACAAAAAGCAAAACGAAAACAGACUUUCCAACACGGGAACACAAGUUUCUCAACAAUCCCUGCAUAAAUCAUUGCUUUUCCGAGACAUAAGUAUGUGAAAUAUCUGCAAAUAUAUUAUGGUAUUUUUAUGCGUUAGGACAAAUUGCAUACAGCACCUUAAAUAUUUUAUUUUUAUAUUUUCUGCUCUCUUAAAUUUUAAAGUUUUAACAAUUUAGUUGUGUUUUGUAUUUGUUGUUUUUAAAUAUAUCUGUAUAUUUUUUUUAUUAUAGGUUGAGUUAUAAGUAUUUAGUACGUCAAGUUAAACUAAACAAAGAGAAAUAGUUGCCUUGGAAACUAGCUAAGUUUUUAAUAUUUUAUUACAUUUCACUUAACAUUUACUUUUUGUUCAAAUAAACAGCUUUAUUUGCAGGUUGCCCUUCAUGCGAAACAGAUCAUUUCAAAACAGCUUCAUAGUAAUAAACGGAAAAAAGAUAACUUUGACUGUUAGAUAAAUGUAAGGUCCAUAAAUUCAGUUCAGCUACUGUAUAAGCAGCUCUAAGUAAUGCCACUAUUGAGCUAAGGCAAUUCAGUGUUUCGGUUCAAUAACAAUAUGAUUCAAUUUGUCAAUUUUGAAAAAUUUGACCAGCUACCAUGUUUCAAAAAACACCUUAAACUUGCAUGACCGGCUAAUGGCUGGUUGGUUGCUGGUGUAAGAUGGUUCCAAAACACAGCGUCCAGUUUAAGCUGGAGUUUCCAGCAGGGCUUUGGUGCUUAUUUAGUUUGGACAGUGACUGAGCUCUCUCUAUUCAUCCCCAUGAUGUACCUCAGGGGCCAAAUUCAGCAGUGCCUCAGUUCACUGGCAGACUUGACCCUUCGCAGCGCUCUAGGCUCAUAUUCCCUCUGUUAGUUCCACCACAUACCUGCACCUCAUAGAUUCGGUGUCCGUGGAGGAUAAUCGCAAACGGCAGCCCUUCGAGCAGCAUCUUUUGUAGUGCAUUUAUUUAUUUAUUUAUUACAUAAUUAUAUUUCGUACAAUAAGCUCUACCUCUGGUUUGUACUUGUGCAGGGAGUCGAGAGAGCCAGUGUAGACAGGAGCGGGUCCAACAUGUAAAUGCACCUUAGACGGUUUAUUUUGACUGAUGUGUUUCAGAGAAGAUUGACUCACCAGCUGUUCUGAAUGAGCUGUGAGAUUUUUCAGCGCUCUUGCUGGUUUCAUGUGUUGCAUAUUUGCUAGAUUCUCAGACAUAAUUCAUGCAAGAAUGCAAACUCGUUGUUUUCUUAAGAAAUAGCCACCCUUUUUAUAUAGCGUUUAAGUAGAAACGUGGGCAGUAAUAGCGCAAUAUUAAUUGUGCCAGGAAAGUAGCGAUGAGCCUUCUAUAUAAGGCAGUACUUGUAUAAGACACAUUUACAUAUGCAUUAUGUAAAAUUAUGGAAUUAUGUAAAUGAUUAUUUUUAGAGAGUCAAGCGAAGGAUUUUGCACUGAAUUACCACAUAAACAAGUGGCACAAUUUGCACACGCAAAUGUAAUCUUGAAACAUUUAAUUCACUAUAGGAUGAAAGGUAACUUUAACCAUCAACCAUAUUGAUUGAGGACAAGUCCCUCUAAUAUUGAGAUUAGCAGUCAUUGUCUGUUGUUACUAUGGCUCCUGACUAAAGAGAAAAUGCACAGGAAAGCAGGCAUGCUUGUAUUGCAAAUGCAGGUCACAUUUGCUUUUCCAUUGUUUUAAUAAUGCAUUAUUACGUUUUUAAUUUUAUCAUGAAUAUUGUUUGAAACUGUUUUUUUUCUAUUUCAUGUUUUCUGUCAACUCAAUGCCCUGACAGUUGGAUUUAAGUUUGGGAUUAAUUUUAUUAAUUUAUUAUACAAUUGAAAACAACUGUAGUUUAAAAUUUAUAUUAUUACCCCUUGUGGGUAAAGCUGAAUUUUAGUGGCCAUUACUUCAGUAAUAUCUUGUCACAAGUCACAAGCGUCUGAAGUCCUUACUCUGCUCCUCACUUUUGAUAAAUUUAAUACGUAAUUGCUGAGAAACAUUUCUUUCUCAAUCAAUUGCUAAACAAUAUCUUACUGUCCCCAAACUGUACAGUAUGAGAGGCCAAAAACAUAAUCAGAGUAGAGAGUGUCUGUUGCACGUUCAGUUUUCUAUUCAAACAAGCCCUCUUGAUUUUAAAUUAUUUAAGUACAUUCUCUCCAUAAUUUAUCUGUCCAUAUUGUUCACCGUUUCUGAUUAUAAAAUUAAACUGCCCGUUUUGGUUUUUUGCUGCUUGUGCCUUUAAGACAUGCAAACACACUUUUGCAUGUAAAACGAGCAAAAUGACCUAUUUGCUGCAAGCUUGUGGAUUUGCUGUCUAACAUACUGCAGUUUUUAACUGCCCUAUCCUUCAGCCUUUUUGUAAAAUACACCACAUAAACAAUCAGAGCAAAACUGGACUGAAAUUAUUAGGGACCUUGUUAAAAACCAGCCGAAUAACUGCCAUUAAGAUAAACAAGCUCUUGCAGUAUUUCAUUCCUCACUGUGACUGGACAGGCGACUUUCUGGCUUUCAGGCAAUGUUCUGUUUUCCACUGCAUUUUCAGUGAAACUACUUUUUUAAGGUAAUCUGAUCCUUCGUGAUACAUCCCCUUUAACUCUCUCCAUUCAUUGUCAUUCGUUCCGCUAUUUCAUUUACAGUUCCCCACCUGUCCAAACUUACUGUAACCCACCUGUGAGCUCCUCAGCUCGUUUCUGAAAGCCACUCAUCUGAUCUGUAUUAUGGUGGCGUUCAUAGAUCUCCUGUGCUGCUGCCUUCAUGUUUCACUGCUGUGGAGAUACCCACCCUGGCGCUGAUCCAUCAGGACUGUGGACUUCUGUAUAUUGUACAUGACUUGCACUAAUAAUGCAUGAGAGUUUUGGGGUUUUUUGUCUACGUGUGGACUCCAAUCUUUAGUGAGUGAGUGUGUGUAGUUGUCCUAUUACAAUGAUGCCGUCGGAAGUUGAGAAGUGUGUUUAAAGCGCCCCUAUUAUGGAUUUUUAAAAUGGCCUUUCACGCAGUGUUUAAUAUUCAAUGCAGUGAAUGAAAACACCCUCCAAAGUUUUAAAGCUGAAAGUACACUGUGUAUAAAGUUAAUGUCUCGGAAUCGUUGAAACGAGUCGUUUUUAAAACGAAUCCCAAGUCGUUUAAAUUUAGUUUUUUGCAUAUUGCAUGCCCACUUGUUGGUCUUUUUUGAGAUGGUCUUAAUGAAAAUGCAAAUUCAUUCUUUGCCACUAGGUGCCGCUUUUGGAGCCAUUAAAAUAUCCAUUCAAAUUUUUGAAAACAAUUUACAGUGGCACCUAAUUUUAUCUUUAUGGAUUAGGAUUUUUUUUUUUUUCUAGUUUAGAGUUGGUUUGGGGUCCAGCAUUUUAUUAUUAUUAUUUGGGACUGCAAGCAGCAAUAAAUAGCACACAAUAACAUUAGGAACAUGUUUUAAGAAAGUAUAUUUUGAUUUUCUGAGCUCAUGUUGAUUGUUUGUUGGGCUGGAAAGCGACAAGUUGUUCAGGAAAGAUUUUACAAGUAAAUCUGCCAAACCUUUCCCCCCACAGCUCGCACGGUUUGACAAAACGGACUUCAAAUCUGCAGUAUAUCUUGGCUUGGUUUGACUGACUGAUUUCAACUCUAAUGAUGGAGUAUGAGGGGCCCUUCAAAGUUUAGAAUAUUUAGUCUGAAAGGUCCCCAGGCUGAUCCAUACAAAUCAGUAAAACAUGACAUAAAAAUGUAAGUUAUAUUAAAAAGACAUAUUUUACCAUUUGUUUAUAUGGACAAGCUUGCUAUUUUAAACAGGUCGUAUAUAAUUCAUAUAAAGUGUCAGGCAGAGAGCGUCUAGCGUCAUUCCAUGAGUUUUCCACAAUACUUACUUUUCAUUUACAUCAACAAAUAUUGGAUGUGUAUGACUGAAUAGGUAAGGUGGAAAAUCCUGCGUGUCCCAUAGGAAAAACAUUAUGUGUGUUUUAAAAAGUACUUUGAUAUGGCAAAAUGUAAAUACUAGUUUUGUAUUAUAGAUUAUAUUGUUUUGAUCCAAUUGUAUAAACACUGGGGUAUGAUUUUUAAAAUGUUAAAUGCUCAUGUCUUCCUAAUGUAGUAUCAUAACUUUUCAUUAACUGUUUAUUACAUCUGUUAGAAAUAUUAUAAAAUCUCUGUCUCGUUGUUGCUACAGAGACAAAUGUGUUUUAUUAUCUGUUUUAUUAUUUCAUUUAUUAUCGCUAACAUAUGGAGAAUAUAUAAAAAGCAGUAAAUAUUUGGUUUGCUGUUAGUUUAUUACUGUUAAGUUGCAUUCAAAUAAUGUAUCAAAGAAAGAGUUUUAUACCAUUUAUAUAUAAAUAUAUAUACAUAUAUAUCUAUCCUCAACAUGCCUGGAUGGAAGCAGGUUUCUGAAAAGAGCUAUUGUCUUCUGCUUUUAGCCAGAAUGCCAACAGAAAUAAAAUGUUUUGUUGUUCCUCUGGAAACGGAGAUCAGCUGAUUUUUUUUUUUUUCCCCUACGCAUACACAGACAGUGCUAAAAUGAAAACAGACUGAUUUCUGGGCACGUGUGAGCUUCGGUUCGCAAACACGGCAGGUUCAUCAUUUUGUUCAAUCUCAACAGGCUAAUUCAAGGUCCAGCUCACACGCUCUCCAAAAAAGUCAUUCUCUCCCAUAAGACAUUAAGCAGCAUUACUGGCUAGUGAAGAAGUCAUAUAUUCUUAUUUGAGAGGAAAUGGUAUUGCCCUUGAUGUGACAGACGAGUAUUCUGCGCCAGAGACGGGGGAUUAGAGUUAUGACUUUGGCAACCCCAGGCUGCGUUUGGUUCUGCAGUUUUAUGGGGCAUUUGCAUUGGGUCUGUUCUUCCUCCAGGAUAUUAGUGCGGAGGAACAGAUUCACCUGCUGAUAAACCAAGCUUUGUGAUUUUCAAAUGGCAACAAUGAAUAAAAAAGGAUUUGCUCCAUGAGGAUUGUUUGGAAAAAUGCUACAAAUGAAAUAGCUCAGUGAAUGCUUUGUUUCUGGAUUUAGGAACUGCGGCAAAGUCUCCAAGAUGCUUUAAGAAACCUGCCAAGCCUCCUGAAAAACUAAAAAUAAAGCGUUACCAUUUUUUUAUUUGAUGACACUAGCGACACUUGCAGCAAUUAAACACCUUUAAGUUCAUAAAUGUCCAUCAAAGUGGCUGCAAAAAAAAAAAGUUAAACCCCUGGAGUCAUAUUGUUUGGGACAAAUCGAGGCUAUAAUGAAUUCAAGGCCUUAGUGCAACGUGAGCAAGAGUUUUUCCAUGAGUCUAUUUACUUAUAUUCCCCACUGCGGUAAACACGCAGGUCAGGGUCAGCAGAUCAGAGAGUUAUUGAAAUGCCGUUGAUUUCCCAUUUAAAAAAGCAAACGUCAUUCUCUUUGUCAACCGAGGGGAAAAUUAAAAUCAAUCCAGCGUUAGAACGCAGGCCAGCUCGGCGUUCUGGACUUUUAAAAACAAAGAGGAAUGAAAUUGAAGGACUAUGGCAGGCGGAGGAUGAAAGACUCAUUGUUGUCUGAGAAGCAGACGUCAUCAUAUUUGCUAAAUAGAUCAAAUUUUGUUGUACAUUCUUGUAAGUUCGCUUUAAGUAAAGUGACAAUCGUUUGGGAACUUCCGGGAAAUGUCGCUUUAAAAUGACGGAUAAGCCGAUGAAGUGCGCUGCAGGUUGUUGUUGUUGUUGUUUUUUGAAUAUUAAAUCAAUUAUGAAUUAUCUCAUUUCGGUUUCAGUACAUGCUUCAUGCAAACUGCCGUGACUAAAUUCAGUAAGAUCAAAAAUAAUCCUGUGAAAUCAGUCACUUCAAAAAUACAAAAUCGUACAAUAUUCUGCUGAAACUAUUUAUUAAACGAGAUAAAAUCUUGUCAGUCAUGCAUAAUUUGGGCUCUUUAAAUAUCAAAACCAUAUAACAUGUUUUAGAAUUAACAAUAAAAUAUUAUUUAUAGAAAAUAUUAUACAUAUUUAUAUUUCAAUAUUUUUAGAAAUAAUUGUACAUAUUUAUUAUACUUUUUUAUUUGCAUUUAACAAAAAUAUUUUCAUCAUUAUUUGCUGUUCAAUGUGUGUAUUUACCCCAUCUUCAAAUCCAGUGAUCUAGCACAAUACGUCUCCUUUAGCUCCUUUAUUGCGGCUGAUUUCGAUCUGAUCACAUUAACAUGUGCAGAACAUUCAGUACGGAGUGUGAAUGAGAUCUUAACAGAGGGAAAACUCCAAUUCUUCAUGCUUCUGAUUGUUACAUGGCAGUUUAAUUGUGAACAUGAUCCUUUCAAUCUUCAUGGCACAUUUCAUUUAUUAUUUAAACACUCAGUCUGCAGAGCUUUCAUAAGACAGGACGAACACAAUACAGUCUCCAUGACGUUUCUUUCAUUUCUGGCUGGAUUUAGUGUCUGCAAAUAUUAUGGUUUGGCUGAAUUUGGAUCAGUCCUUUCGAAAGCCGUCCAUGUUGGCUUUGGCUAACGGUGUUCGACUUCAAAGACCGUAGCGCAGAAUGUGUUGUGUCUGUCGUAGGAUGCAACAUCUAGUGUACACUGAAUCUAAACAUGCGUUUUUGCAAUAAGCAAUAAAUGUUAUGAAAGGGAGGGUCUAAUUCAAGACUACAACAUGUUGUUUGUUUCUGGAGGAAGACGCUGACCUGUUCAAUGCCUUUGACUUCCAUUCAAAAACAAUCUUUCGGCCACACACCAAGACUGAAAAACAUUGCACAAACUGCUUAAAGCAUUCCUAACCCCUCCUAUAAUUCACAAUGUUCAUGUUAACCAGCGUCAAAUGGGAUAAUAAUGUGAGUAUUGGUCAAAAAAGAACGAAUGAACAAUAUCCAAAAACAUCAAGCGCCGAGAAUUACAUGAAAACUGACCAAAACUAUUCCUGAAUUAUUUUAAUCAGUCCAACGUGUUUCAUAAAUGCCCAAACAAAUCAACAGAGAUCAGAAGGAAAAGUCUAGAAGAUUUAAUUCUUUAAUCCAUCAUAGCCAAGUGUCCUCAAGUGCUUCAUUUAAGAGAAGGAGCCAUUUUGGUUUGGCCCGUUUACAAUGCGAGGAAGGCCAAUGGCAGCAAACAAUGGCAGUCACUGAUGGUCGGACCUCCCAAACCGAGUUACUGUAUUCCUCCAUCUAGAAUACAAGCUAUCAGUACCAAUUUUAUUCCCAUUCUCUUCAACAUCUAAGUGCUCACUCUUUUUCAACGCCAUCAAUACUUUAUCAGCGCAGGAAUGAAGCUGGAGAGAACAGCGAGAGAGAACCGAAGAACUGGCCAGGAGAUGAAUAAUAGAUUUUCAUUUGACUAUGAAUCUAUUCUUGCCUUCAGCAAAUACAGUAUGUGGCCAAAUGUAUGUGGACACCCAAAGAGCACACCCGUAUGUGCUUUUAAACAUUAAACCAUAACAUGAUUAUUAAUAUAAGACAACUCGUUUCCAGUGUUCAUCUGAAGCGUUAUUCCUAUUCAUUUUUGAAGAUGGUCUUCUUGUAACACUGUGGUGUAUUUUAUGCUUUUCUGCAAAAUAGGCUUGGUUAAAAGACAGCUACUGCACCAAGAGUUUUGCAAAACUACUAAAACAUAGCUACAGAUUUGUUUUACAACCUUUGACACAAAAUAUGACUACAGAGGGCAGAUUAUCAAUAAAUAAAGAUGUUAUGACUAUAAAACACUUUUAAAAAAUGUGUUACUUUUGAAAACGCAUACAAAAGACACCAGUGUUUCUGGAGUUUUGGACACAUGCUCAUUUGAUAACUCUUUUAUUUCCAAUUUUAAGGCAUAUGCUUUAAUUUCAAAGAUUUAUUGUUUUUUCCAUGGUAUUGCUAGAUGUCAGGGUAACUAUGCAAAUAUUUGAUUUCAAAACCUGUAUCAUAGCUAUUGAACUAUUUUUUGUUAUGAUUUUAAAUCUGUAUUUAACCUCUGUGAAAUGCCUGAUUCUGAUUGGUCUGUCGUGACAUUCCCAAGUACAUAUGUGAUAACAACUGGUAAAAGCGAAUAAUCCAGACUCAUCCUGGUAACUAAAGUCGGUUCGAUAUGCUUCCUAGGAAACAUUUUUUGGUGGCAGCUUUGCAUUUGGUUAGCUAAUAAAAUAUUAAAUCUCAA